AUGGAAGAUGUGAAGGCACUGGCAGCUUUGAUUGCAGAACGUCACCCUCGGAUACAUGGAAUUCUCCACAACGCUGCUACAAUUGAUGGCUCUUUUACAGGGAAGAGGAAGUACACCUGGAAUUUCCACGCUGAGCAAACCAUGGCAGUCAACGCGAUGGCGCCAUUCUACCUGACAUCUUUGUUAAUGCCUCAACUCCAAGCAGCCGGCAACGCGCGAGUCAUGUUUUCAACGUCACCAUCUAUGGGAGGUGCUGACUACCUGGAUGACCUCAAGUGCGAGCGAUAUUGGACUGGGCUUCACGCCUAUCGCUUGAGCAAGCUCUGUCUGGAGAUGGUCGCAAAAGAGAUGCACCUGCGAUAUGGAGAUGCUCCAAAAUUGACUUUUCAUACCUUCAAUCCAGGCACGGCAAGUACAAAGCUCAUGCGACAAGGAGCUGCUUAUGGGGGUGGCAGGAAAAUGGGCCGUGGCCUGAGAGAAGAAUACUAUCUUCCAAAACCACGAGUUCGAAAAGCAUCUUACUUGGCAAUGGUAGAUGACAAGUACCAACGUGAAAGCGGGCAUUUGGUAGGUGACGGGCAGAAGAUGCCGCAGGUCAUUCAAGAUGCUGCGGCCCGUCAAAGGCUCUGGCAGGCCGAACUUCCUUGCUAA